GGGGCAGGGCCGCUAUAAGGAGGCCGGGACUGCGGGCGCGGCACCCAGAGCAGCCACGCCAACGCCAUGCUCAGCGCCCAGGAGCGCGCCCAAGUAGCACAGGUCUGGGACCUGAUCGCCGGCCACGAGGCGCCCUUCGGGGCGGAGCUUCUGCUCAGGCUCUUCACGGUGUACCCCAGCACCAAGACCUACUUUAAGCACCUGGGCGACCGCCCUGACGAGGUGCAGCUGCUGAGCCACGGACAACGUGUGCUCGAGGCGGUGGGAGUGGCCGUCCGGCACAUGGACAACCUGCGCGCGGCCCUGAGCCCGCUUGCCGACCUGCACGCACAUGUGCUGCGCGUGGACCCCACCAACUUCCCACUGCUGAUCCAGUGUUUCCAGGUGGUGCUGGCCUCCCACCUGCAGGGCGAGUUCACGGUGGAGAUGCAGGUGGUGUGGGAUAAGUUCCUGACGGGCCUGGCGGUAGUGCUGACAGAGAAGUACCACUGAGUUCUGUGCCCCGGGUCUAGGUCUGCGCAUGUCAAUAAACAAGCCUCAAAAGUC